AUGAAUAUUCAGGGUUGGAGCCUUUAUAAGGGUCACUGGUAUCGCUUGUUUUACGAAAAGCUACAAUGGCCAGAUGCCGAGCAAUACUGCGUCGAAUACGGCGGACAUCUUGUCAGUAUUCUAAGUGAGGAGGAGAAUCAAUAUGUCGACAAACUUAGUAAAGCAAACACGAUCUGGAUUGGCCUGAACAAGCGAAACUCGCCAAUAAAUGUGUACAAAUGGAGUGACCACUCACCAGUCCACUACCUCAACUGGUACUCAACCCAACCCAACGAACCACUGGCGCAUUGCGUCAUGAUGCAGACACAUUCCUCAUGGUUUGACCAGUCCUGCGAGGGCAAAGAACCCCUAAAUUUUGUCUGUAAACUCAAAGUUCCCUAA